CAGCCACGCCUUUGAAAGGGUGUGGCUGUAGAACAAUGGCAACCUUACUGAGGCUGACUCGCUCCCUUUCUUUAGCAACUAAAAGACCUGCUAUUGCUCCUGCUUUUAUUAGCAGAUGCUACAGUUCAGCUGCAGCAGUUGAGACUGCUCCUGAAGUGUACACAAUUCCACCUCCUCAACCAAAAGAUAAGAAACCAGGUCAAUUGUCUCCUGAACAAGUCAAGCAAUACUUUAAUGAUGGGUUUGUACUGGUGCCUUCAUUCUUUACUAAAGAAGAAUUGAAACCAGUAAUGGAUGCUAUUGAAGAAUGUGUGGAUGUACUUGCUAGUAAUCUUUACAGAGGAGGCAAGAUAAAGGACAAGGCUGAGAGUGCUGGAUUAUACAAGAGGCUCAUCUUGCUUGAAGCUCAAUUCCCUGGAGCAGCUGUGCUUUUACACAAGCAAGGAUACCUGCCAGUGGCAUUUAGAAACCUUUGGUCUAAUGAUCGUCUCCUCAAUGCUGUUGAACAGUUUAUUGGUCCAAACAUUGCUGGUCAUCCUGUAUGGAAUCUACGUACUAAAACACCAGUAAAUGAAGAGACAACAGUACCCUGGCAUCAAGACAAUGCAUACCUUGAUCCCAUAUGUCUCACUACUCAUCAAGCAACAGCCUGGAUACCUCUUAUUGAUACUAAUACCAUCAAUGGUUGCAUGCAAAUGGUCAGAGGAGGGCAUCGGGCUGGUAAGACUGCUACUCAUACCUGCUGUGCUGGAGGUACUUGGUAUGUUGAUUUAGCUGAGGAAGAGAUAGAGAAAACUCUUGGAGUUAACAUGAAGACUGAUGUGGUCACUUGUGAAGUACCUUUGGGUGGAGUCCUCUUCCUCAACAACUGCAUUCCUCACAGAAGUCUUGAAAACUUCUCUAAUAUUGUACGCUGGAGCCUUGACCUUCGUUGGCAGCGUCCUGAUGAACCUAAUGGCUUUUAUGGGCUUAAGAACUGUACCCUGAUUCGUUCUGCAGAUAAUCCAAACCACACCAUCAAUUGGGAAGGAAUGGCAAACCUUGAACGCUCUUCAGUUGAAAAGGAAGACCUCAAGGAAGAUGACAAUAUUUUUGAUUCAAGGAUACAUGGCCCGUGGAUGAAGAGGUGGGAGAUUACGAAUCCAAACAGACAUACUGAAGCAAUGAAACUAGCAAGCUCCUGGAGGUGGCAAAUACAGCAUCAUGAAUAAUGAGCUGCACUCAAUAAUAAUA